AGUCAAUCCAUACACUCACACAAUGGCUCUACGACAAUCCGCCACUCGCUCUCUGCGUCUCGCCUCGCGCAACGUCGCCCCCUCGACUCGCGCCUUCACCGUCUCGGCCCUUCGCCAGAAGGAGCUCGCCGCUGAUGUUUCCGACCUGCCCAACAUGAGACUACGCCAUUGCCACAGCGAUAUGAUCGAAAGCGCUCAAGGCCGUCUCCAUGUCCCCAUCGUCAACCCCGCCGACAAGUUCCAAGAAAAGGCCGACAGCCUGCACCAGUACGGCCAAUACCUGAUGGCUUGCAUGCCCAAGUACAUCCAGCAGUGCGUCUAUACCCACUCUUUGCGUCCUCGAACAGCAUUGACACGAAUCAAUCAGGNNUUCUCGGUCUGGAAGGAUGAGCUCGUCAUCUACAUCGCCCCCAGCGCCGUCCUCCCCGUCUUCAACUUCCUCAAGUACCACACUGCCGCCGAGUUCACUCAAAUCAGCGACAUCACCGCUGUCGACUACCCCACCCGUGACCAGCGUUUCGAGGUCGUCUACAACAUGCUUUCCGUCCGCCACAACGCCCGUAUCCGUGUCAAGACCUACGCCGACGAGGCCACUCCUGUUCCUUCGCUUUGCGGUCUCUACGAUGGUGCCAACUGGUACGAGCGUGAGGUCUACGAUUUGUUCGGUGUCUUCUUCGUUGGACACCCCGACCUUCGCCGCAUCAUGACCGACUACGGCUUCGACGGCCACCCACUCCGCAAGGACUUCCCUCUUACUGGUUACACCGAGAUUCGUUACGACGAGGAGCAGAAGCGUAUUGUUGUUGAGCCUCUUGAGUUGACCCAGGCUUUCAGAAACUUCGAGGGUGGUAGCUCUGCUUGGGAGCAGGUUGGUCCUGGUCACGACAGAAAGCCCGAGAGCUUCAAGCUUCCUACACCAAAGCCCGAGCCCAAACAGGAGGAGAAGAAG